CCAAGCGCGUCUCUCUCCCGCCCUCGUCACCGGGGCUGGCGCCUCCGAGCGCUCCUCAGCACAGGCUGGGGCCUUCGGCACGGGGGAGGCGACAGGGACGUGUCAGCUCCUGCUGUCACAGCCCGGGUGAAGGCAGGACAGGGGGCCUGGCCUCCACCGGCGUGGGUGACGCCACAGCCGGGCCCAGAGGGCUCAGUGGGCUCAGAGCCAGCGCUCCCUCCUCCUCCUCCCUUCCCCGCAGCCGCUUGGAUCAGUGGUAUCCGAGCAGGCUCUGUCACAUCCUGUGGGAAUCAUGUGAAGGCCAGCUGCCGCUGGAUCGCCUUCAACGCCGAGGCAGCUGGUGUGCUGGGCAUUGUGCCGCUGGAGUGUGAGGAUGGGGGCAAGAGGACCAUAUCUCAGCUCUGCUGCCACUCAGAUGUGGUCACUGACUUUGACUUCUCACCCUUCGAUCAGCUCCUGCUGGCCACAGGCUCUGCUGAUGAGACGGUGAAGGUGUGGCGCCUGCCCGAGAGCAGCCAGGACGUUCCCGGCAGUGCGGGGCUGAGCCUGGGGCCCGGGGGGGCCCCGGUGGAUGCGCUGCAGUUCCACCCCACGGCGGACGCUGUCCUGGCCAGCGCUGCAGGGAAGAGAGUCACAGUGUGGGACCUGGGGCAGCAGCAGCCCCUGACAGUCCUGGAUUCCCACGGGGACCAGCUGCAGAGCCUGACCUGGAAGCGAGACGGCCGCCUCCUGGGCACCUCCUGCAAGGACAAGAAACUGCGGAUCUUUGACCCCCGAGCAGGCCCAGCUGCCUCCCAGAGUGUCCCGGGACACGACAACAACAAGGACUCCCGGCUGCUCUGGAUGGGCUCCAGCGAUUGCCUCAUCUCCGUCGGGUUCAGCCAGAUGCGGGAGCGGGAGGUGAAGCUGUGGGACACACGGAAGCUCACCGGGGCGACGCUCACCGUGGCACUGGACACCUCACCUGGGGUGACCAUCCCGCUGUACGACGCCGACACGGGGCUGCUGGUGCUGGCAGGAAAGGGAGAAAACCUCCUGUACUGCUUUGAGGUGGCCCCCACGCAGCCAGCACUCACCCAGGUGACCCAGUGCCGGACAGAGGGCAGCACACGGGGCCUGGCAGCCGUGCCACGCCUGGCCCUGGAUGUCAUGGCCUGCGAGGUGCUCCGUGUCCUGCAGCUCACUGACACCACCCUCGUCCCCAUCAGCUACCUGGUGCCACGCAAGUCUGUCCAGGAGUUCCAUGAGGAUCUGUUCCCUGACUGCACGGGGACACUGCCAGCCACCGACGCCCAAGGCUGGUGGGCAGGGGACAGCCAGCAGGUGGGAAGGGUGAGCCUGCACCCUGCACGGAGACCCACGGAGACCUUCACAUCCCCCAUCAUUGCUGCCACUGGCCCCACCAACACUGGCCACACUGAAGCCACCACUGGCCACACCGAUGCCAACACUGGCCACACCGACGCCGACCAGAGUGAAGCCAGUGGCUACUCCUCACCAUCCUCACUGGCCUCACCAAGCAGCGCGGCCACCUCACUCUCAGCCAGCACCGGCCCCUCCAGUGGCUUCGCCAGCAGCCCCAGCCAGAAGUCCCUGCAGAGCAUUUUGGGGCCCAGCUCCCGUUUCCGGCACGCGCAGGGCCGGGUGCUGCACCGGGACCACCACCUGACCAACCUGCGGGGGCUCAGCCUCACCACGCCGGGCGAGUGCGACGGCUUCUGCGCCAACCAGCAGCGCGUCGCCCUGCCCCUGCUCUCCGCCGGCGGCCAGAUCGCCGUGCUCGAGCUCUCCAAGCCCGGCCGUCUCCCCGACGUGGCCGUGCCCACCAUCCAGAAUGGCUCAGCCGUGGCCGACCUCACCUGGGACCCCUUCGACCCGCGGCGCCUCGCUGUCGCGGGCGAGGACGCCAGGAUCCGGCUGUGGCGGAUCCCUGAGGGAGGGCUGCAGGAGACCCUGCAGGAGCCUGAAGCUGUUCUCCAAGGUCACACAGAAAAGAUUUACUCCAUCCGCUUCCACCCCAUGGCAUCCGAUCUCCUGGUUUCCUCCUCCUACGACAUGACCGUGCGCAUCUGGGAGCUGAGUGCUGGGCAGGAAGUCUUGUGCCUGCAGGGACACACGGAUCAGAUUUUCAGCAUGGCUUGGAGCCCAGACGGGAAGAAGCUGGCAACGGUGAGCAAAGACGGACGGAUACGGCUCUACGAGCCACGGCGCAGCUCUCAGCCUCAACAGGAGGGCCCAGGUCCUGAGGGGGGACGUGGAGCGCGCCUGGUUUGGGUUUGUGGUGGUGACUACCUCCUGGUGUCUGGCUUUGACAGCCGCAGCGAGAGGAGAAUCCUCCUGUACCGGGCACAGGCCCUGCCUGAAGGACCCUUGUCUGUCCUUGGUCUGGACGUGGCCCCUUCCACCCUCCUGCCCUUUUACGAUGAGGAUACUAGCGUCAUCUUCCUCACCGGCAAGGGUGACACAAGAGUCUUCCUCUACGAAGUGACCCCUGAGCCCCCCUAUUUCCUCGAGUGCAACAGCUUCACCUCCAAUGAACCCCACAAGGGCUUCGUCUUCCUGCCCAAAACGGCGUGCGAGGUGCGGGAGGUGGAGUUCGCCCGGGCGCUGCGCCUGGGACAGAGCACCCUGGAGCCCGUGGCUUUCCAUGUGCCACGCGUCAAGAAGGAGUAUUUCCAGGACGAUCUCUACCCGCCGACCCGCGUGUGGUGGGAGCCGGCCCUGGGUGCGGGUGCCUGGCUGGACGGGCAGGACGGGCAGCAGCGCCGUGCCAGCCUGCGCCCCGCAGACAUGGUGCCAGUGAGUGAGGCCCCAAAAGAGGCUCCGGCUCGCAAGUUCGUCCCUGCAUCCGUGUACCUGGAGGAGAAGACUGAUGAGCAGAAGAAGGAGGAGCUCCUCAGUGCCAUGGUGGCCCGGCUGGGCAACAGGGAUGACCCGCUGCCCCAGGACUCCUUCGAGGGUGUGGAUGAGGACGAGUGGGACUAGGCUGGACCCGGCACCCCCAGGAGCAGCCGGGACCCCCGCAGCCCCGGGCCCGGCGGGGCGACAGGAGGACGAGGAGGAGGAGGAGGGAGAGGUGGAGGAGGCGCAGGGCCCGCCGCGGGCAGGACCCGCUAUUAAAGCCGCUGCACCAGCACCGUGUCCUGCCCUGAUCGUGACACCGGGGGGGACACGGGGAGACACAGGGAACAAGGGGCACGUGGAUCGGGAAACACAGGGACUGGCUCCAGAGGGGUUACGGGGAUCGGGGUGACACAGGGACUGACAGCGGGGGGACACGGUAACCGAGGGGGACAUGAGGACCGGGGCGGGGCUGUACACAAGGAGCGGCCCCGGCUGGACACAGGGACCGACACUGGGGGAUACGGAAAUUCGGGAGAACGCGGGGACCGAGACGGACCCAGGGACCGCGACAGGGGGGGACGCGGGGACCGGGGGGACACGGCGACCAGCACCGU